AUGAUUCCGGAAUACCUGGAUGCCCUGGCAAAAGAGCUCGGUGCCGCGUUGAUAACCUUGACCCUGCACGACUUUCAGGCGCUGGCUGCGGCAUUCGAAGACCAGACGCCCGCAGAGACCCAGCGAGCUUUGCUCAAAGCUGAAGAGGAUGCGCCAACAAGUUUAUCUUGUUUUCGAACUUGUCCAGCUCAUCGUUUAGUGCUCCGUUAUUUCUCAAAGUCGAGCAAAGCAAUCGCCGACGGCGGAAGAUGGAGGCACACCUUUGCGGCGAUUCUCAGUGCUCAAGACGGCUACACCAAUGGCGGGAGACUCGAUCAGAGUCAUGAAACAGGGACCUCUACAAGAUCUAUUGAUCAGCCAUUGAUUGUUCAUAUCGCAGAUUCUCACGAGUUUCAGGGCAAGAUGGAUGGUGAUUUUGUCUUUGCUAGACUCAGGGAUUGUGUUGUAAAAGCAAGAGAAGCUGGUAAGCCCGUCAUUCUCGUCAUUCCGGGUUGGCCCAGAUGCUACGUGCUUCGAAUGACUGGAGUUGUCUCUUCUGCGGUCUUCACAAUCAGAUGUGUCGGUGUGCCUGUCACGGCAGAGCCCGCACAAAAACCAGAUGACAUCAAUUCGACCGACUUUGUCAAUAAGCUCAAGUUCCAGCUUCGUUGGGGCUCUUAUCAAUUUUUCGAUUCGGAAAUAUUGCUUCCUAGAACAAGAUGGACUUUUGACCGUGCUAUAGCAUCUUGCAACAUAAGUUUGACUGAUGAGCUCUUGGAUUCAAUGGCUGCGCAGAUCAAGGGGAGAGCUCUCGGUGGGCGGAAACUGACUUUCGAGGACAUUGAGCAAGUGGUAUCUCAAGUCCUCAUCAGCACCGAAACUGAAAGAAAGGCAUUCAAAGCCGAGGAACAAGAGAGCGAUACCGAAAGCGCCAGCGUCGUCAGUGACGAUGACCAAGACAGCGGCUCAGAGAUCGAUGUAUGUGAGCCUUCACGUAAAUUCGAGACGGACAAAUACGAGUCGCAACUUCUUUCCUCUGUCAUCAAAGUCGAAGAGCUUCAAAAUACAAAGUAUGAAGAUGUUAUCGUGAAUGGCGACAUUAAAGAAAUGAUGAGACAGCUUGUCCAACUUUCGAAAAUGAAGACUGAGGCCAAAUCGAAGCAUUUGUUAUCUUGUGUGCAGAUUUCAGGCGCUUUGCUGUACGGUCCGCCCGGAACAGGAAAGACGCAUCUCUGCCGGGCCAUUGCCAACAGCAUGCGAAGCAGUAUGCUGGCUCUCGACAGCGCUGCAUUGCAGUGCAAGUAUGUGGGCAAGACUGAAAAAUUCAUCAGAGCAGCCUUUUCUCUGGCACGGAAGCUGAAGCCAUGCAUUAUUUUUCUCGACGAAGUCGACGCUUUGUUUUACCGACGCGCAUCCAGCGACCACUCGUGGCAGCGCUCUGCGCUCACGCAAUUCCUCCAAGAGAUGGAUGGACUUGGGGCAGGACAGCCCGGGGCGCCGUUUGUUCUCGUUGCCACGAACCGUCCCGGUGAUCUGGACACGGCUUUCCUACGCCGCUUGCCCCAAAAGAUUUACUUUGAGCUGCCAGAUACGGCCGCACGAGCGCAGAUCCUGAGGGUCUUGCUUAACGAAGACGAUCUCGGCCCAGAUGUCGACAUUGACGAAUUAGCAGCCUUGACGGAUGGAUACUCGGGUUCUGACCUCAAGAGCGUGUGCGCAGAGGCUGCAUUACUUUGGGUACUGGAGAUGAGCCAGAAAGACGCCAAGGAGGCCGCACAGAGAGCCGAAGCCGAAGCUGAAGCUGAAGCCGUGAGACUCACAAGAGCAGAUAGCUCCGCCGAGACUGGCACGUCCGCCGCCGAAACAGGACAUGGUACGAUGAGAGACGCCUCCAACUUGGAUUCUGAAAACGUAAUUGCUGGCAGCGAGGCGAUGAACAAAGCCACACCCGAGGGCGAAGCUGGUGGAGAGGGUCAUGAGAUGGACGUUUAUGAGACUGGAGACGCCCCGACGAAUGAAACGGCCGCGGAAAAGAGCAAGAGAUUGGCAAAGGAGCUGAGAAAGGAGGAGAGGAGACAGAAGAGGGAGGAGAGGAGAAAGGAGAGGGAGGAGAGGAGAAAGGAGAGGGAGAAGAGGAAGAUGGAGCGGGAGGUUGAAAGACAAAAAAUAGAGCAAGAAAGAGAGAAGCAAGAGAAGAUUGAGGCGCUGUACAUGGAGAGACUGAGCAAGGUCUGCCUGACAAAGGCGCUUUUCGAAAAGGCGCUGCAGAGGAUGAGGCCUACUGUUUCGAAGGAAUCGAUUCGGGACAUGGAGAGGUUUGCUCAGCUUUUUAGCAACAAGUAG